AUGUCUCAAUCACACCAAUCAAAUAAUAAUGAUGGUAGUGAAUGGCAAGAGAUACCACUUGAGUGUUGUUCACUGGCAGAAUUGAUGGACACCAGGUGUCACAUCAUGAAAUUCCAGAACAAUAAGACCGUGGACAUUGUCAAAGACUUCACCAAACCGGUUCGUCUUCAUCGUAAAGACCCUCGAAACAUUCAGUUUCAAUUGAGUCGAAAAGAGAUCGACGAGAGGGCCCGUGCAAAUCCUGAUGAGAAAGUUCUUGAAGAGGUACCCGAGGAAAUGGAUGUGAGUCAGGUUGCCCCUGAUGGUGGCGGACGCCGCAAGCAGCGAAACUUCUUCAAGCGUAAAACUCGACAGGUGACAGUAAUGGAUGAGGAAAAGCGUAAGUUGCGAUAUGAAGAGUUUUAUCCAUGGGUGAUUGAAGACUAUGAUGCGAGAAACGUUUUUGUCGGUAACUACGAGGCCGGUCUGUCUGACUCGCAGCAUGUAUUAUUUGUGUUCGACAAAGACGGGUUUAAGAUGGUGCCGGCAGAAAAGGUGUACAGAUUCACCCCCCGGAACAAAUACGCCACAUUGACUUUAGAAGAAGCAGAAGAAAAAAUGGAGAAUCGUGGUGCGGUCCCACGCUGGUUAAUGAAGAGAUUGGGCGAUGAAAAUCAGCAGUCAACUGACAAACGGUUUGUAAAAGGUACCCUGCCGCUGCUGACGUCUAUUCGUAUGCGCACAGUUCUGGGUGAAACGGCAAAUAGUCGCGAUCUGGACCAUGAUGAUUUAGAUUUUGAUGAAGAAUUUGCGGAUGAUGAAGAAGCCCCCAUUAUGGAUGGCGACGAAGAAGAAAACAAAUUGAGCGAACAAAAAAUCAAAAAGGAAAUGCUCAAAGCAAAUGCAUUUGAUGAAAUGGAGGGUGUGGACGAUUUAUUCGGUGAACUGGAGGAUGAGAGAAAGGUCGAUAAAGAGGGCAGAAAACUCAAAAAGGUGUUGACCAAGACGGAGGGUGCCGUGUACGAAAGUGACGAAGAUGACAACCCCUACUUGUCCAAGCUGGAUCUUGAGCUGGACUCUGAUGACGAAACCAUGGUCAAGCAGGAGCCAACCGAUGCCAUGAUGACCGGUGGGGAGUCUGCGCGUCCCCGUGUUGUAUUCGGUCACAACUUAGGUGACGGCAUAUUCUCAAUCAGAGCCACACCCCAAAUACUUCGGGCGUUCCCGCAAGGGCAAUGGUCAUCUGUGGGUCGGAGAUUACCUUCAAUUGCUGAGGUCAUGAAAAAUCGCGAAAACCUGCCUACUCCCAUAGACUUGAAUCUGGCUGGCCCUGACAAUAAACUUGUUACUAUCAAGGAAGUGUUAGACAUUGUCCGUGGAAAUCCUUUGACUACGAAGGAAUUAUUAACAGGUCUCAAGUCGCGAGUGAACGCACAUAAAGAUAAUAAGCAGCGCAUUAUUGCUAUUGUCAAGCAAAAUCUCAAGCUUCAGGAUGGCAAACUUGUACUUAGGGAAGGAAUGUAA